AUGACCAAUGUUUUGGUGUUUGGUUUCUGUGCUAUAAUAAGCUUGGUUGUAGCACCAGGUUCUGUUACAGCUCAACCAGCAAGGGCUUUCUUCGUUUUUGGUGAUUCACUCGUGGACAGUGGCAACAAUGAUUUCUUGGCAACCACAGCCAGAGCAGACGCUCCACCCUAUGGCAUUGACUUCCCAUCACACAGACCCACUGGACGUUUCUCUAAUGGCUUAAACAUCCCUGACCUUAUCAGUUUGGAACUUGGCCUAGAGCCUACACUGCCCUAUUUGAGCCCGUUACUGGUUGGAGAGAGGCUCCUAAUUGGUGCCAAUUUUGCAUCCGCUGGGAUUGGCAUUCUCAAUGAUACGGGCAUUCAAUUUUUGAAUAUUAUCCAUAUCUACAAGCAACUCAAGUUAUUCCAUGAGUAUCAGCUAAGGUUGAGUGCACACAUUGGUGUGGAGGGAGCCAGAAACCUAGUAAACAGAGCGCUUGUUCUUAUCACUCUUGGAGGCAAUGAUUUUGUCAACAAUUACUACUUGGUUCCCUAUUCAGCAAGAUCUCGCCAAUUUUCUCUCCCAGACUAUGUGCGCUAUCUCAUAUCUGAGUACCGCAAAGUUCUCAGGAGGCUUUAUGAUUUGGGUACUCGUAGAGUGCUUGUAACGGGUACAGGACCAAUGGGGUGUGUUCCUGCGGAAUUAGCCAUGAGAAGCAGAAACGGUGAUUGCGACGUGGAACUCCAGAGAGCUGCUGCAUUAUUCAAUCCUCAACUCGUUCAAAUGAUAGAUGGACUGAAUCAAGAAGUGGGUUCUCAAGUUUUCAUUGCUGCUAAUGCCCAUCGCAUGCACAUGGAUUUCAAAGAAACACGAGGAAGAUAUGAAUGA